AUGGACUUGAAAGUUGAGGCAAGUCGAACAGGAAUUGAAGCACGUCUUCGUGCUCGACGCGGCGAGAUCACCGGUUCUAACACCGGAGUUGCCAGCACGGACUUCAGGAGACUAUGUCUCCGCAACCUGGUCUCACUCCCCUUGCUGGAGCAAAUGGAACCCGGAUCACGCGCCAUCAAGUUAGCCUCUGGCAGAGACAUCAGCACCGUCAUUCCACGGUACAACAUCUACCAGGACGGCGAGCUGUACAAGGAAGGCAUCUCAACCAUCACAACCGAAUGGAGUGACCAACAUGUCGGCUUCCUCAUCGACUGCUCCUUUACGCUUGAGACCGCGUUGGCCGCAGCUGAUCUGAAGCCCCGGAACAUGAUCGAAGGAAAGGCACCUCGAGUUAAAGUCUCGUCCGUUCAGCUUAGCCCUAUGGGUGCCUUUACCGGGCGCAUAUGGCCGUCAGGAUGCGCUGGUAUCAGCCUGAGCACUUGGCUCAGGUGCGGGUUAUAA